AUGUCUUCACAGUGUAAGCCGAAACUUUCUGAUCUGCGCCUUACGGAGCUCAGAACAGAACUGGAAAAUCGAGAGCUCGACGCAGCGGGGAAAAAGGCUGAUCUAGUGGUUCGUCUGAAGAACGCAUUACAAGAAGAGGGUCAUGAUCCAGAAACCUACGUGUUUGAGGACAGGCAAACUGCUUUAAUUUCGUCAAUUUCUAAAGAGAUUUCUCAAAUGAAAUGGGACGGACUAUAUGGAGCUGGAGAGGCCAACGACAAGGGAGUCCAAAUGGUAGACGUCGACAUGGACGAAGGUUUUUGGAGACAUGGGACCACGCCCAAACGUCAAGAGGACAAAAAUGGAAAGGAAUGGAUAAUACCCAGUGGACAGAUGUGUAAUCGUGAGUAA